AUGAUUUUUUGCAAUCAAGAAGUUGAAACUUGCAUUAUUAAACAAGCUAAUGCACCAGGAAUCUGUAAAUCUAUAUACGAAUGUCCAACUGUAUUUAAAAAACUACAAAUGGGUAAAAGAGAUUAUACAGUAUGUCCCAACAGCUCUCAGAAAUUGCUUGUAUGCUGUCCAAUUGAAUUAUCUGGAAGGGAAUUACCAGCUCAGUCGGAAUUCACUUCAACAGAGAAACCUCAAAAAUUAUAUGAAAGAAAGUGUUUGGAAUAUUUGGAAGCUGUUUAUGAAAAACCUACAUCAGUAAGUUUAGCUCAUAAUAAUGAUAAUCAAACGACCAAAAAUGAAAGGUGCGGUUUUAGAGUUGUUGGAUUAGUUGUUGGUGGAAGUGAUGCAGAACCACGUGAAUUUCCACAUAUGUGCUUGCUAGGAUAUUCAGUUAAUCAAACAAUAAAAUGGGAAUGUGGUGGUUCAUUAAUAAGUGAAAAAUAUGUUCUAACAGCUGCUCAUUGCAUAAAAACGGGUUUGGGAGAACCCAAAAUUAUUCGUAUUGGUGAUUUAAAUAUUAAUUCUGAUACAGAUGAUGCUGAACCAGAAGAAAUUCCCGUAGAAGAAAAUAUUGUUCAUCCGAACUACAAUAAGAAAAGGAGAAAAUAUGAUAUUGCUUUGUUAAAGCUUCAACGAAAUGUUGAUAUUAAUACAUAUAGGCGACCAGCAUGUUUACCAUCAUCAUAUGAUUGGCCAUAUUCAAAAGCCAUAGUAACUGGUUGGGGAAAUACUGAAGCAAUAAAUGUUUUGGGUUCAUCAAUUCUACAAAAAGUAGUAUUAGAAAAAUUUACUGAAAAUGAAUGUAAUAAUCAACAAUUCAAUGUUAAUUAUGAAAUACAAAAUUGUCUUGGUUCUAGAAACACUCUCAUAGAAAUGGAUUCUUGUCAAGGUGAUUCGGGGGGACCCGUACAAAUAAAACAUCCAACUGGAAUAUGUAUGUGGGAAAUAGUUGGUAUAACAUCUUUUGGAAAAAGUUGUGGCGCUAUUGGUAUUCCUUCAGUGUAUACAAGAGUUUAUCCUUUUAAUGAUUGGAUCGAGAAUAUUGUUUGGAAAUGA